AUUCUUUUUCUUAAGCUUUAUCUUCAUCUAAACAUCCUUUCUCAUACUUUUAUAUCAUACAUCAGUUUAGUGAGUUUUAUCAAGGUUCUGUCACGAGGAAUAUACUUUGUUUCAAUGUUGCAGUGACUCUCUUGGUUAGCCACCUUGGAUUACCUCAUCCAUGAGAAAUAAUUUAUCCAAUACAGUCGUUGAUAGAUUCCGGGGGGGGGAUUGUUACUCAAACAAGUUCAAACAUGUUGUUUACAUUGCUUACAUAUGGUAGGCUACUUAGAUACAUAUAAUUUUUCUCACAAGCCACCAAAUUUUACAUCUAAAUACGCCUGCCUGAAGGUAAAGACACGUUCUGGCCGUGCAUGGAAAGACUGGGACUAAUUUAAUUGCUGGCAUCAAGUUUUGGCGGAAGAUUGCCCAAGACAUGUAAACCAAAUAAAGUAAUGAACGUGAUAUGCGAUCCCAGUAAACUUUGCAUCGCGUGGCUCGUCGUUUGUAUGUCUUAUUUCUAGCAAGCAUAACUUGACAACCGCUCGACCAUUGAUACUUUGAUACAUAGAGAUGGGAAAUCAGCCAAUAAAAAAACAGCAAUUAAGGUACUGUGUACGGAAGCUCUAUAAUACUUUGGACUAUAUUAUCACUUAGCUGUUUAGGCUUGUAGCAUUCAACAAAUACUGGAGACUUGUGAGUGAAGGUAGCUGUCAAUGAUAGAAAAGUUUGAAGACAACAGUUGUGAUAUUUUUAUUGUCUUCAUAUAAAGGCAUAAUCAGAGUACUUGGGCUGAAGCUUUUGGUAUUUUAUUCAACAGCAUUGCAUUAUAUCAUUUUUGAGUGACUUUUUGCUCUCGAUUCUCCUGUGUCUACAGUCUUCCUAGUCAAAUUAACCUGAGGUUGUUAAAUCCUUUUGUCUGGAAGUUUUUCUGUUAAAAAAUGUCUUUGAAUGAUGGAAAGGUCUCGUUUUCUGAACAAAUAAAUGCCAGACUUAAUCAGUGGAUGCAAAAGACAACGAGCAAAGUUCAAAUGGAGAAGGAAAAAGGUGAAAAGGUCCGCAACGUUAAGUCCAGAAAACAGAGAAAACUUAGCAGCGAAAUAAAUGAUCGUCGAGAGAUGUUUGCUAGGAGAUCGAGUCAAUCAAGAUCCUUUGAAGAAUUGGAGCAAGCCUUGAAGGAACUCGUCGACAAUUGUGUCACGAAUAAUUUAAUUGUCAAGGAAAAUGCCACAUGUAUUCAUGUCACCGGGAAAAUCAGUAGCGAGGGGGUCUCGUUAACCACAAAUAAUCAAAACAAGAAAGAUUUGACUAAGAAAACACUUCCUGAACAAAAUCGCUCACAGGAAAUUGCAAACAAUCAUCCUAACAACAAGAAUGUACAAUGUUUUAACGAUACUGGGACAACAGCCAAUAGUGAAAGUAUUAAUGACACUGAAAAUCGUCCUAUUUCCUUUGAUAAAAAGGAAAAAAACUUUAGUUUAGAUGGCAGACCCGAUGUCGUUGAUUCUACUUCAAAAAGCAGAGUCAAUCUAACAAUUAAUACAUCAUCGAACUAUGUCAACAAAGGCUUAAACGCUGUCAAUGAUGAAUCGAAUACCUCCAAUUCCAUUUCAUCGUUGAAACAGCUACCAUUAAGGCGAAUCCAAUCAGAGGGUGACGUUUUAGAUUUGAAACUUCAUUUCAACGAUGAAGAUGUCACCGAAUUCGCUGCUACGUGUAUCAGACAUGCCCAAAAUGAACAUUAUCUAUAUCCGGGCGAAAGUAAAGGGAACUUGUCGUGUUCAACAGGAACGGAAGAUGGUUUAUGUGAUAAAAGGAAAGACCAUCCAUCUUUGAUUGAGCGUCCUUAUUCACUCAGUUUGCCUUUUCCAUCAAAAACUGAGCCACACGAGAAAAUACAUUUAAAGAAUAAAAACAUUUAUUCUCAAAAUACUCCACCACAACCUACUGCUAGCCUUCCAAAGUCAACUCUUUCAAAGUCACCUCCAUUUCGUAGGUUUCCAUCCCAACCAGUAUUUUACAUACCCAACACGAGCGACUCACGUCAAUCGAAAGCUACGAAUAAUGAUUUUGGAAGCGAAGUCGGUGUUUCUGAUUUGAUAUUUUUAAGAUUUUAUGACCGAGAGAUACUUUAUUAUUUUAAUUAUAAAACUUUGCAGUGUAUUUGUUUUAUCAUAUACUUCUCGUUAAAACAUAUUUUUGUCAUUGACAUGUUUCAUUAACAUUUAAAUCACGCCCACGUUAAGGGGAAAAUUUGGACGAACAAACGAUUCUUUACUGUUAAUCUUCAAUUUAUUUUAGCAAUAUUUUGUCAGACCUUGAAUUAAAUAUUUGUUUUGAUAUGGAUAACCCCAUCUUGAAGAAAAAUUAAAGCAAUAUUAAAAAAGUAUUCAUGAAGAAAGAUUUUAGACAAUUGUUACAGAAAGCAAAGGUCAAAUGAAACAGUUAUUUCACAAAUAUUUUCACAGUGAGUAUCAACAACUGUAUUGCCAUUGAACAUAUUCAAUUAUCCAUAAAAUUUUCACAAUAAGCUACUUUGAGAUUAAAUAAAUUUUGUAAGGGAUA